AUGACCAGACAGCAGCCUGAAAUAUUCCGCGACUUUGUUCUCACGGCAUUUCCGCGCUGGUUUGGGCUGAACAAGUAUCGUGUCCACGUCCCCUGGGCAUCGUAUGUAGCCGAUGUACUGGGUCAGAAUGCCGCACUAGAUGCUGCUGUUUUCUGCAUUACGUCUGUGUUCAUGGGGCGGUCCCAUUACGAUUGUACACUUCAAAAAUCGAGCCGUGAAAUGUACUCCAAGGCCCUGGUUUCCUUAGGUGGUAUAAUCAAGCAUGAGGAAAUCAUGCGGUCAAGGGAAAGUGUUAGCACUUCCAUCUUACUUAGCAUGUUCGAAGCAUACUCCCAGACGAAGGAGGAUUCAUGGGUCCAGCAUGCUGCCGGUGCUGCUUUGCUGAUGUCCCUCCGUGGAGCGAAAUCUCACCUUACUGGUUUCGACCGCUGCCUAUACCUCUCUUUCCGCAGCUUUCUUGCCGCUGCUGCCUUUAUUGAGGGCAAACCAUGCCUCUUCGAGAAGCCGGAAUGGCAAGCUCUGAUCAGUGAAAUCAGGAAGCAAGACAUGGUUGAUCCUCGAGCGAACGCAACACUCUCCGCCCUCAUCGACAGGACGGAUCGACUAUUCAUGGAGGUAGUCAAGAUCCCCGGACUCAUGUAUCAUACAAACCAACAUCUUCAUGCGACACCAAGGAAAUCUCCCUCGGAAACUGAUGAGCUGGUCACACAGGUUCAACAUUGUAAACAAAUGAUACAGGGUUUAGCAGCUGAAAUUCGGCUCGUCGUUUCUUCAAAAGGGCACAGGAACACGGACGGCCGAAUGACACUCAUAGGCCCUAUACCGUCAAACCUGCCACAGAGCUUCGCGAGCGGUGUUCUGCGCGGCACCAGCAAUUGCUUCAAAAUCCUAGGUAUCCUUUUACAUAACCUUGCCGUCUAUCAGCGCGAGGUAUUUCUACUAUGCAGCGCGGACGACUCGCCUCUCGAAAGCCCGAUGUCGUCAUUCUCGCCAUCAUCAACGGACUCGCUACAGGGUGAGAUCUCAUUUGGGUUACCCAGAAUGAUUCCAUUUCGCAUCGUCUCCAGGUUCACAAUCGUGGGGAAGACGACCAUUUCGUCCCGACUAAUGGUCAGAAAAUGA